CUCCAUUGAAAGAAGAGAUGCGUCCCGUUGCCCCGGGUGCGCCUGCGCCUCGCUCGUCGAGGCGUCACCGAAUGGCCUUCUGCGGCUACAGCGUCAAGUUCAGCCCUUUCGAGGCCGACCGGCUCGCCGUCGGCGCUUCGCAGUACUUCGGAAUCGUCGGCAACGGACAACAACUCGUCCUUGACGUAAGCGGAGCAACGCCCGUCGUCAUGAGCCACAUGCAUGGGUGGGAUGGAUGGUGGACCUUUGUGUCACCGACUUGAUCCACAGAUAGACCGUCCUGGUGGUCCCCGUGUGGACGACGGUCUGUUGACUGUGUGUUCCUUCUAUACCAACGAUGGCAUCUACGACUGCGCCUGGAGCGAGGCCAACGAAAACAUCGUGAGCGACGAGUGGAUGAAUCAUCACACAGGGGAUGGAUGGAUGGAUGGGUGCAGUUGGUGUCAGCAACGGGUGACGGCUUCAUCAAGAUCUGGGACCUAGGUAGGCGUAGGGCCCCCCAGGAGGGCCCGGCAGGCCACGGCCAGCCUGUGGCGCAGCUGAGCGGCCACGCUAAGGAGGUGUCCUCGGUCGACUGGAACAUCAACUUGCGGGUAGGUGCACAUGGGCGGAGAAUUGGGCGGUUGAAGAGUCUCUUGCUCAUGUCAUUCAUGGGUGUGCAUCGCAUGUGUGUGCAGGAGCUGUUGGUGUCAGCGUCAUGGGACUCGACGGUGCGCUUGUGGAAUGUGCAGCGGGUAAGACUCAUCGAUGAGCAAGGGCAUGGAUGCGAUGCGAUGCACGUACCGACCGGCCGACCAUCCUUUCAUGGACAGGGCGAGUUGAUGACCACGUGUGGAGCCCACAGGGGCGUCGCAUACGCGGCAAUAUGGAACCCUGCACGGUAAGGCAGACAGACAGACAGACAGGCAAACCCACAUAUGCUCUAUAUAUAUAGCUUUUCCUCUCUCCCUCCCUCCGGGGCCCUCUGUAUGUUAUGUUCGUUCCAUGCAAUCAAUCAAACAAUCAAUGCCAAUUACUAUUGGCGCCCUGGCUGUGCUGCAGGCCGGGUGUGUUUGCGUCAGUAGGUUCGGACGGUAUGGUGCACAUAUUCGAUGUGCAGGCCAUCGGCAGCGGGGGUGGGGGCACGGGCACGGGCACGCCGGUGCAGGGCUUCAGGGCCCAUGACACGGAGAUCCUCUCAGUCGACUGGUAUGGACGUUCAUAUCACAUUUUGUGUGCCUGUGUGUGAAUGAACGGAGAACAAGGAGGGCCUUGAUGUCUUCAUCUUGGUGGAUAUGUGGAUGCUCUGUUUGUGUGUGUGUGUCUGCGAUAGAUAGGAAUAAGUACAAUGCCAAUGAGAUCAUCACUGGCAGCAUCGACCACACCAUACGACUGUGGGUAAGGAAGGCCGUGAGAGGCUAUCCACGCGGCGAUUGAUCAGUCAUUUGUCUGUCUGCCUGUCUGUCUGUCUUUGUUUGUUUGUUUGGUGUCUGCCUGUCUGCCUGGCAGGAUCUACGGGCCCUUUCGUCGAGCCAGGGCAGCCUCGGGGCCACGCCCCUGCAUGUCUUCACUGGGCACAACCUGGUCGGUCGGUCGGUCGGUCGGUCGGUGGCGCAGAUCUCAGUGAAUCUAUGCACCCGCACGUACGUAUGUCUGUCUGUCUGUCUGUCUGUGUGACGUGUAAAGGCUGUCCGGCGGGUCAAAUUCCAUCCCUUCCACGGCAAUGUCUUCGCGUCCACCUCAUAGUCAGGGAGGGAGGGGGGGAGCAACAGAGGGAGGGAGGGAGGGAGGCACCUACAGACAGACACACGUGGACACAUGCGCCCGCCCCGGGUUGAUAAUGCCUUCGUGGUGUGUGUGUAUGUAUGUAUGUGUGUGUGUGUGUGUCAGUGACAUGAGCGUGGGAGUGUGGGACACCUCGCCCCCAUCGGCAGGCAUGACCAGACGGUUCAACCACCACACAGGUGGGUGAAUCAGACAGACAGAUCAAGGGGGGAGGAGGGAUGCAACGAGGCAGGCAGCACAAACCAUGCAUGGGUGGGUGUGGUCCGGUCCGCCGUCAGAGUUUGUCAUUGGCCUCGAUUGGCAUCUCUUCCGCGAAAAGUGAGUGACCGACUCAGUCAGUCGCCGAGCUACUGCCCGGCCAUCUGGACACGCUCUCAUGCACUGCAUGGCUGACAUCCAUGUGUCUGUAUCAAUUACCCUCUCUCGGGAUUCCCCCUGUUCUGUCUGGUCUGUGUGCAGCGUCUUGUGCACGACAGCGUGGGACAGGACGGUGGUGGUGUGGAACUACUUGACCGACCCUCCACCCACACAGAUGCCCAUGGCCACUCCAGGGGCCCGCAGGCCGCCAUAGUCAGCUGAGCUGGGCUGGCCACAUGGGUGGUCUGUCUGCAUGCCUCGAGAUUGCUUGUCGUUCUUCGUGCUUUGAGACCCGAGCAAUGGAUUGACCGCGAUUGAUGCUUCCGGUUCAUGGCUGAAAGAUUCAUUUGUCUCAUUCCAAUGGACCGACACUCAACGGAACAAACAACAUUCGCAGAGACACCCCAGAGAAGGAU